AUGGAUGCAGUUGAGACCAAAGACGCUGCCAAGGGAGCCGGAGAACAAGUGCCCCCAGCGAAGCAAGACCGGUCGCCGAUCCACACGGCCAGGGUUGUGAAGGACUUCCAGGCAGAGCACCACAUACCCGAGGUCGCUGACGCCAAGGUCGUCCAAGUCGCUGAGCAGGUUACUGGGCCUGCAAGGGUCGAUAAGGACAAAGAUCCUGCGAAGGCAGGCGCUAGUGAAGCUGAACGGGAUGACGACGAGUCAGCGAUGCAACAGGGCGAGUACGCUGACGAAGGGGACCGGGCCGCUGGUCUCGGUGCCACAUCCAAGCGCCCCCGUGACGAGGGCGGAGACAAGAACAACGCAGCGUCCAGCACUAGUGACGGGCCGCCGGCGAAGGCGCCUCAAGGGAGGCGGUCGGUCUUCAAGCCUAAGCCAAAUGUUCCGCUCGAGAGAAGGCCUGGUGACAAAGUGCAGCAGACGAACACCGCCGGGAAGACCGGCGGUCCCAGAGGCGGCUAG